AAAAGAAAUGUCACUUUUUUCAAAAGAUAUGGACAAGAAGGUAGAUUGGUGCCUCUCCUCCCUACUUGGUAGCCUUUGUCAAAAGACCAAAUGGGAAAGGCACAUUCCCACAAAGUUGGUUUUUUUUCCUGCUCAAAUGACUCAGAUGGGCAAUGUGAAGGGUUUGAUCUCUCUAAGAAGAAGAAAAUGGUUUUCAUGGCUUCUGUGGAUGAUCAUGUUUUUGCAGGCAACAAUGGGGGAUGUGGAUGAUAUACCCUCAACAGGUUUACUAUGUGUCAGUAACUGUGCGACAUGUCCACUCAUCUGUUCACCACCCCCGGUAGUUACUUCUUUGCCUUUGCCACCGCCACCGCCACCACCUGAACAGUACUACUCACCACCCCAAUCAUACUAUUUUCCUCAAUCGCCACCACUUUUGCCACCUCAACAGUACUACUCACCACCCCAGUCAUACUACCUUCCUCAACCACCACCACCACCUUCGUACUCUUAUUACACCCCUGUUGCACCACCACCUCCGGCGCCGCCAUCAUAUUAUCUGAACACACCGUUUGCUCCGGCACCGCCUACAAUGAAUGGACCCCAUGACUACUCUUAUCCUUACUAUUUCCUCUAUGCCUCAAAGGAAUUUGACAAGGGAGAAAGGGCAGAUGUAGAAGGCGUGGGGAGAGGAGGGGCACCUAAGUUUCCACUAUCGGUUGAAGUCUUGCAGAUCAGAUAGAGGGAAGAAGGCAGUGUUGCCAUUUUUGCCUCUUCUUUCCUUCUCUUGAUGUAUAUUCUAACCUAAUCUCAUAUAAUAUGGGAAGGACCUGGCUCAGAUAUCCAAUACAGACAAAUAUCACAAGCUGUGAUUGGCAGUGCUGUGACUGCUGUCACA